AUGAUGGUAGCCCACCCAGCAAGAAUUGCCCUUUGCGGCUAUUCUUUAGCUACUGCUGUGACAGCGGCAGCUCUUCACCCAACCCCGCUCGAACAUCGGGAUCUGACCGUUGCUGAGGCUGAAAAUCAUUUCCACGAUGCUCUAGCAACGAGUGAGUACGACAUGUCCCUAUUUGACGGCAAUAUUACCGAUCUCUCAACCAGACUUGUUGGCUGGAACGGAUGUGAUGAGAAAGAGAUACCCAUGAUUUAUUCUGGCUGGCAGCAGUCCUGGAAGAUCAUGAAUUUGCUGUACUCAGAGGCUUCCACAAUGAACUUCAAUGAAGCAGCGGCCGUCGAAUACCUUGGACCCCCUUCUUUAGAUGCCCGUGAUUUAAGCGAUGUGAUCAAGAACGGAAACGACAAGAGCCUUGGGCCUCUGUGGUGUGUGAUAGCCAGGACAUGGAUCCAUGAGCUUUUACACAUUGACUGGGUGUCCAAAGCCAAUCAGUACGGCUCCAAUACCCACGUUACAGACCUCAAGAUGUGGGUACCAAAGGAAGGGGAGUCUCCACCUGCCUACCAGCUUCUGCAGAUCUACAGCCCGAAGAUGGCAAAGACUCUUGCGAGAUACAAAUACGACACAGGCCAUUGGAUCGCCCAGAGCUGCGAGAAUCUGACGUUGUAUGCCAUGGCAAGAUAUGUGCAAAAGGCGCUAGGAAAUGUUUAUCCUCACCUACCUCUCGCCCCAGAACCCCCCUCGAGCCCACCCACGGAAGGAGUCGAACCCGCGUUUACAGUUGGUGAUCUUUUUACCAUGCAUUCCGACGGAACGGUCACCAUCAUUAAUUCCACCGCUGUGGGUGAUCUGACAUGGGACCCCCAGUGUCCCUCUGGCGAGGAGAUAGAAGCGGGUGCUGAUGCCGAAGAGCUCUUCCUCGGAGCUGAUGUCGUAACUGAGGCCGAUUUGCCGCAGGAGUACUUGAAAAAAUACAGGACCUGGACUGGUACAGAAAUUGGUGACAAGUUGACCUUCAAAGGUGUAGCUCCAGGUCAGGCGGUCAAGCCAGGGACCAAGCUACGCAUUCUCGGCGUGGGAGACUCCAUCACUGUUGGAUUCCUCAGCGAGAGGGAUGGAGGCGACGGUAACGGCUACAGACUAAAGCUGCAACAAGACUUGUCAAAGGAUGAAGUUGUCUUCGUGGGGACUGAGUCUGCUGGAGGCACGAUGUCUGGUGGAUAUUUUGCUGCAUGGUCAGGCCAGACGAUCCAGUACAUCUCGGAACACGUUAGCAGCUCAUUAGAGCAACGGCCGAAUAUUAUCCUUGUGCACGCCGGCACAAACGACAUGAAUCCUAACCUUAAUAUUGCUAAGCAAGGCAAUGAUCCGAGCAGAGCGGCUAGUCGGCUUGGCAAGCUUAUCGAUCAGAUUGUGGACGCUUGCCCGGACGCCGUCGUCCUUGUGGCUAUGAUCAUCAGUACUUGUGAAGAAGCCCAGCAGGUGAAUACAGCUCAGUACCAGGCUCUCAUUCCGGGCAUCGUGCAGUCUCGUCGAGCCAUUGGCAAGCACGUUCUCGCGAUCGAUUUCACUACUUUCCCUACAGGAUCUCUUCGGGACUGCAUUCACCCAACAAAUCAAGGCUACCGGGACUUUGGCGAUUACUGGUAUGACUUCAUCUCUCAGAUCCCUUCCGAUUGGAUCCGCCAACCUGUGGGCGACGACCCAGACCGACCGACACUACCCGGCAUCGAUGCGAACGGCGGCUUAGAUGGGGCUAUCCCGUCUCCGAGCUGGGGAAUCAACCCGAUCCAGGUGAGCUCGAGAAGCAGCGUUCGGACGGCUGCUCUUCUCGGUGGGAGCGGCGGGGAGCGCACUUGCAAGGGCGGGCCAGUGUGGCGAGCCACAGGCAUGAUCGCAUCCGGCUUUGGAAAAGCUGGCGGCUGGCAAUAUCGCAAAAACUGGAUCGAAGCGGGCAAAGUCGCUGAUGGACUCAAAUUAGACUCCAAAUUCGUUCGACUGCAUGAUAUGAAUGGAGAUGGGAAAGCAGACUACAUAUGGCUCAAUCCUGAAAAUGGAGAGAUACGAUGUUGGAUCAACAACCUUCCCGCCCCGUGGUCUCCAGCAGGGACGAACAAUAGCAUCAUCGGCAGUGAUGCCGGUGUUGCAGAGUCUGUUUUCUUGGCGGAUAUGAACGGUGAUGGCCUCGAGGAUUACAUGAUCGUCAACCCGCAAAAUGGAGCAGUGAAGAUCUGGUGGAACUAUGGAGCAGACGAGUCCUGGGUCAAUGGAUGGAAGUUUAUUGACGGAGGUCAAAUAGCAUCUGGUGUUCCUCAUGCUAACUGGGCCACACUCCGAUUCCCGGACAUCAACGGCGAUGGUCGCGCGGACUACGUGUAUAUUGGAGCUGGCGGGUCUCUCUCCCAUUGGAUGAACACAGGGACUGCAGGAGGGCAAGAUGUGGUCUUCUAUUUUCAAGGGGGCAUUGCUACUGGUGGCACAUCUGAUAUCUCAAAUCUUGUGUUCGCCGACGUGGAUGGCGAUGGCCGCGACGACUACCUCAUUUGGGACGCCGGCAGGUCUCACAGGCUUUUUGAACCAGCCAACGAGAAGAGAAGGAAUCCGAAGAACAUUAGACUGGCUGACAUGGAUGGAGACGGCAAAGAUGACUACGCAUACAUUGACGACAACGGGGCUAUCUGGCUGUGGUAUAAUCAGGGUGAUGCCGACACAUCCAUGGUCAUCGAUGGCAUUCGAUUUGCCGAUAUUGACGGCGAUGGGAUUGAAGACUAUGUUUGGCUUCAUCUAGACACCGGGGCACCGACCGUUUUUGAUGGAAAAGACGAUUAUUUGGUCCUUGACCCGAAAACAGGAGAACUACACGCGUAUUUGAACAAGGGGCCCGAUGAAUCCAAGGCAGAGAAGUGGCUUUGGGACCCUGUCGGAUCGAUCGCCACCGGCCUGGGACCCGGCGCGAAUGUGCGCUUCGCUGACAUCGAUGGCGACGGCUAUGAUGAUUACAUAUUUCUCAAGUCGAAUGGUGGAAUAACAAUUUACAGAAACGUCUGGGAAACUAACAAGCCGCCAUCAAGUUGGCGACCACUGCCGGAGGCUGACGCUUCAGGCAUUGGGCAGAGACCUGAAGAAAUUGACUUUGUUGACGUUAAUGGUGAUGGAAAGGCCGACUAUGUCUGGACACGUGCUCGCGAUGGCGCCGCUAGGGUCUGGCUCAACAAUUAUCCCAAUCAGCCGACCUGGCUCGAACAGCCUGAGAUCGCCGGCGGCGUCGGGGUGUCUGGAAGUGAUGUGAGGUACGCCAUCCUUCAGAACACAGGUCGGGCCAGCUACGUCGCCGUCGACCGCACAAAUGGCGCUAUUGCCGCCUGGCUGAACAGUUGUACCCAGCUCGGCGACCAUCCCCGUCCAAACGUCGUCUUCAUUGGCCUCAGGGAGACGUUCACUGAGUCGGUUUUGGCUCGUUCUUGGAUCAUUUACGAGUCCGCAACAGGGAGCACUAUUGAUAUCUGUGAUGAUGAGCCCAAGGGUGCCUUCGCGGCGGCCACCACUUCAUCGAACCCAAAAUUCCCCACGAAUCUCGGCGAGUUUGAUGUUCAUGGUGUCGAAGGAUGUGUGUACUCUGGUUCCCAGGAUGAGCCAGGUAAGAUGCAGUGCCCGGGCGUUAGCGGCAUUCGAUGCCGCCAGGAUUCUCAGUAUGACGAGGUGUUUCAUUGCGGCUUUUGCCUCAUAGCUGUGCAUCAAAAACCUUCUAAGCACGAUUCCUCUGUGACUACUGGCCCGAAUAGCGAUGCUCCUAUCCUGCAAGCUGCGACCUAA